GUCCCACUCUCUUUUCUCUCCCUCCACACAACCCAACUGCCUCUUUUCUUCCUCCUCUCUCUGCGUCUCCGCUCUUCUCACUGAAUCGCACCAGAAAACCACCGUUCCGGUCUCCCGAUUCCGAGCGUCUUAAGCUGAAAGUCCUUCUCGGUGGAGAAAGUAGCCGGAAACACAGACGGAGAUUUUCCGACCACUGUAGCAGUCCGAUUUUGUUCCCUCCUUUCUUCGGACGGCCUCGAUCCGGUUUGCUUCUAGCAGGCGCUGUUUCAGCUUGUCAGUGCAGUUAACAAUGGCAACCGGGACCAAGCUCGAGAAAAUUGAACCCAUUCCCACAGGACAGAAGCUGGAAGCUGCCGAUAAAUUGGCCGAGCACGACAUGGCUUCAAGGAAAGGUUCAAUGCAAUCCGAUACAACUCCCAGCAUUCCCUCGAGAGAUGCUAAACCUAGCAUCAAAGAUGUUAAUUUAGCUUCUAACAACAAAGGGAGUGACAUGGAUUCAUAUGGACAUCAUGCUGUGUAUAAUGCACCCACUAGCACUUAUGGCUAUUACUACCCAGGCUAUGGUGGGCCAUUCCCUCAGUUGGAUGAUCAUGGUUAUUUUCAAGCAGAUGGUUCUCAUUUGGCUCUGCAAUCUGACAAUGGCUCUAUGGUGUAUUACAUGCCUGGAUACAAUCCUUAUUCUUCUGGGGCGGUAGUGGGUGUAGAUGGUCAAACUGUUGGUCAACAGCAAUUUUAUCCUGCUUCUGAGUACCUUCAGCAGCCUGUAUCUUAUGGAUCAGAAGCUGUGCCUUUAUAUCAUUGGGAUCCCACUUAUCUCAGUGAUGUCCCGCAUGGAAAUGCUGGAUUCCAGUCUGACAACUACCUUAAUCGAGGUGCUUCUGCUGCAACUCUUCCCAAGUCCCAAGGGUUGAACUCUAUGAAAACUAAUGGUACUAUUAGUGGCAAAUACCCUAGGCCUAAUAGUACACAGCCUGCAAGAUCUCUUAACAAGGUCCAGCCCUUGGGGUCUGAUUACUCGGCAGGUUUCUUGAAAGGAUAUAAUAAUGGCGUAGGAAGGUUACCUCCUUUCAGUGGUCCGCAGAAACAUUUGGCAUUUCCUCAGUAUGGUUCACUGAACUACAGACAGAAUGCUAGGUCAUGGAAUGUAAAUGAUGAUAGAAGCAAAUCAAGAUACAACAGAAUACAAAGACAUGGAAGUUUUGAGUCGUCUAAUGAAUUGGCUUGUGGCCCUAGGGGGGCUGCCAGCAGGGGUGGUGGACCUACAGAUCCCACAACGGUCAAGAGUGAAACCUUAAACUCCGCAGCAUCAUUGCUCGGAAGCGACCAGUAUAAUGCAGCCGAUUUCGAAACUGUAUAUGAGAGUGCUAAGUUCUACAUUAUCAAGUCUUAUAGUGAAGAUGACAUUCAUAAGAGUAUCAAGUAUAAUGUCUGGUCGAGUACGCCAAAUGGCAAUAAAAAGUUGGAUGCAGCCUUUCGUGAUUCGGAGGAGAAAUCGAGUGAGAGCGGCAAGAAGUGUCCUGUCUUCCUCUUCUUUUCGGUAAAUGGUAGUGGCCAGUUUGUUGGGUUAGCAGAGAUGACUGGGUUGGUGGACUUCAAUAAGGACAUGGACUUUUGGCAAGUUGAUAAGUGGAGUGGUUUCUUCCCUUUGAAGUGGCAUAUCAUCAAGGACAUUCCCAACACUCAGCUGAGGCAUAUUGUCCUUGAAAACAACGAUAACCGGCCCGUUACGUUUAGCAGAGACACUCAGGAGAUUGGACUGAAGCAAGGCCUGGAAAUGCUGACCAUCUUCAAGACAUAUGUGCCAAAAGCGUCGUUGUUUGAUGACUUAAAUUUCUAUGAAGAGCGGGAGAAGGCUCUCCAUGCAAAGAAGACCAAGCCUGCAACUCUGCGGAUGGAGGUGUAUGAGAAUGAUGGUGGUGAUGUUUCCUCGCUCAUAAAGUCAACCAAGAAUCUGUCUCUCAAUGGCUACCACUCCAAGGAAACUUCAGCAGCCAACCCAUCAGUUGGUUCAGUACCUGCUGUAGCUGCACCCUAAAACCUUCUGCACUCUUCUCAUUCUGUUUCCUCUUUAUCUUUAGUCCCUUGUUUCCUCUGUUUCUCAUGCCUUUCAUUAUGCUCCAUUAUUGUUUUCCUAGUUUAGGAUGAUCCAAUGUCUCUAUUACAUCAAUUUUUUAUGUCCUUCAAUCGCCAUUUUCUUUCUACCGCUCUGGUCUGCAUUCGGUUCUGAUUGGGGAGGAAUAAAGUGUUGCUGCGUAGAUGUUUGGUUUACAGGCAGAAAGGGAAAUGAUAAGAAUCGAAAGCACGUCAUGGAUCUGAUUAUGACGGGGUUGUGGUAUUCUAGUUGUCAACAGACUAGUGGUGCUCUGCUUAUUGGCGCUUGGUAGAGUCGCGAUAGGUGUAUGGUUGGCAAUGAUCCAGCAAGCUCGUUCUUCCACCAUUGAAA